AUGUUUGUUGUAGCGUUAGCUGUCAGCGAUAUUCUAAUAUCGGUCUAUUGUAUGCCUCUUUCAGUGGCCGCUCUCAUUCAAGGCCGAUGGAUUUUCGGGACCAGUGUUUGUCGACUCCAGGGUUUUGCAAUGUUUACGUUUUCAUUGGCCUCUCUAAAUACAAUGGGGGUUAUUGCAGUUAGCCGAUAUUUUUGCGUAGUGAAACCAACGAGGUACAUUGUAUUAUUCCGGAGGCAAAGAAUUGUGAUGUACACUUCGGUAGUAUGGUGUGUGGCUCUGAUUGGUUCAGUGCCUCCGCUAAUUUUUCAGACAGGCGGAUACACUUUCCAACCUGGAAAAGCAAUGUGCAUGUACCCAUUCCAAACUAACAUUGCUUAUACCGCCUUCAUCGAAUGUGUGUUUGUCGCUGCGCCCUUUACACUCAUCACUUUCUGCUACGCCAAAGUGUUCUACACAGUGUCAAGAUCAAAUCGUGUCUUCACGCAAGAAAAUAACCCUGAACAGCUCAGAGCAAACGUCGAAGAAGCAAAAGUGACCAAGACGUUAGCUUUGGUCAUGGUCAGUUUCUCCUUAUGUUGGCUUCCUAUCUGUAUUAUGGAUUACAUCGACGCAGCACGCGGGGAACCCACUUUGCCACGACAGGUAUAUCUUACAUACGGGUUUCUGGCCUACCUAAGUAGUACAAUCAACCCCUUUAUAUAUGGCGCUACCAACAGGCGCUUCAGACGAGAGUACAAAACCAUUUUGAAAAAGAUAAGUUUGAUCUUUACUUGUGGUCGUUGCAGUUGUAGACAGAACCGAACGUCCGAUAAUCCACCAAAUUUAGCGGUGACUGAGCUUUAAAUUAUGUAAAAACAAAAUUAAUGUGGAAAACAAGAUGUCAAUGGUAGACAAGUUCAAAGCCUUUUGCGGUGAUGCAGUGAGACCUGACAAGCUUAAAACGAAGAGUUGACGAGAGUGCGUUGGUAAAAGAAAUGGUUUUACUGACAGUGUAGCAUCACGGACCUGCAUAAAUAGCUCUUUUGCUGGCACGGACCACUGGACUGGAUCCAUUAGGAGGAAUUCUAGUCAAUCUCUUUGUGACAUGUUUCGUUGUUCGUUACAAAUUAUUAUCAGUCAAGUCCAUCGCUUACAUUUAGGGGUAUUUUUUCUUUUUUGCAGCAAUUUCGCUUACUGAACGUGUUUAGCAUAUACACCUCUGUCCCCGAGUUGUCCUCACUGCAGCUGAUUUUAAAAGGUCGAGGGGAGAUGCGCUCCUUUUUUUGAACAAAGUGGUGCCGUAUUUAAUUUCUCUGCAUGUUUUUAUUUUUUGCUGGUUUUAUAACCAAAGGUGCACGAAUUAGCUGAUGGCAAAAUUGCAAAACUACCAAAGGACGUCAAAACCAGUUUUAAAUGGUUUUAAUUUGAUGUCCUUUGGUCAGACCUUCAGGUCCCUAUCCAUCUAUUCUGACGGUUUUCUGUUUUGAAACGCAAGCCCUCAAGCAGCAGAUUACUGGGGAUGUCUCAGUCCUUCUGCGAAAAAAUAAGGCCGUACUCUUUUGCCAUACCCUUCGCAACCCUGAAAGGGUACUCCCUAUAAUGGCUAUACAUUAAGGCUCCAAAAGCAGGAAUUUCAAAUGACGGGGUAUAUGAAACAAAAGGGAAAUCCUCUUUGAGAUAUCUAAAAGGGUUUUUAAUACAAAAUAUUUCGAGGAGAUGCUAUUCUCUCGGACUUUGCAAUAAAACUGUCACGCUUGGUAAUGAAUUUAGCUUGUGCAACCUGUAAUAACAGGCCAUCGCAUUUUGUUAUAAAACAAGUUGUCGCACUCUGUUAUAAACGUUAUUAAACUUUUUAAACUGGAAAAGAAAUGAAGCUCUUGAAUGAUUGAUGUACAAGAAAAAUCAUUUUCGACAUUGUGGUAAGAAUUUCAAUUAGAAUAGAUGGUUUUUCAAAUUCUAAUUUAGCAUCAUUCUUAUAAGAGAGUACGAAGCCUUUGUUGCAUUAGGAAUAAAGUAAAGUUAUUUUUAAGAUUAAGAAUGAUUGCACUAUGUCUUCAUAAAAUGAGACCUUAAAAUUAAAAUAUUCAAAAGUACGUUGAGUUUGAUUGUUCGGGUGAACGUAGUCUUGAUUACCACUGUUGUUGUUGACAGUGACUAACGUUUCGACAACCUGUGAGUUAGUUAGGCCUAGAUACAAAUUCACGAAAAAUGGCCUAAAUAUGUUUCCGGAAAUUCCUCAUCUUUUUUCUAAAUAUCAGAAAAAUUUCUAAAUAUCUCAAAAAUAUCUGGUUUCAUUUCAUAUAUAUUACAGUCAAAAAAAAAAAAAGCCGCUCAUCUAAAAUGGUAACAGAAAUUUCAGCAAAUUUCAGGAAAUUAUAUAUUCCACAUAAAGUCAGCCUUGUUUACAGCACCCCUCGGCCUACAAGAAAACUAGGGCACUGCACUUUAAUACAGGCAGAGAUGGUGAAAGACCAUUAGGUGCUGGAGGUCUAAAGGGUUCUAAAAGGGACACUAAUGUAUAGUUUGCGCGUGGUUCGUCAUCAGCCAUUUUGUUGAACAUUAACCACAUUGCAUAUAUUAUAUAAAUGGAGAAUAUUGUUGAAUCUGAUUACAACAGGCCCAUAUGUGGAGAUUUGUUUGAAUUUCUGUCACUGAAAUGCCCAUGCCCUAAUUAACAUUGAAGUAGCUUCCUAGAAAAAACAUGAUUUCAGUAGUAUUUUUUUCGUAACAAAAUUCUAAGUAUCACAAUUUUUUCCUAAAUAUCAUGAGAUUUUCUAAAUAUCCCAAAAUCUUCUAAAUAUCUUAAAAAAUAUUCAGACAUUUUUAUCUAGGCAUAGCGGUAGUCAUCUUCAGAGUCAAAAUGAGUUGUAUCACGCCAGUUGAUGGUAUUAUACUCUGGUUACUGACCUGACUGGUCAAUUACGUCGCGAUGUUAUUGGUCGUCUGUCAGUUAAGCCGUGAUGCUGUUGGCUAUGCAAACUCGUAAUGUAAUUGGUGCGCUUCGAUCCGUCUAUUGUUAUUCAAAUUGUCAGUUGUCCAGUUCUUCUCUCGUAGUAAGUUUUGCUUGAUUUUGUCAAUAAGUCGUUUUUACGGUGCCGGUAACUGUUGACUACGAUUCAGUGGCGUUUAUUUUAAAAUAUUAAACCAGCUUUCUAAAGUGAGUCGUUGACAGCAGUUUGUAGAAUACGUAAUACAUGUCGCAGAGUCCCAGUCGAUUUGAAGUUUCUUCUGUAAUGUGAUUGUUGACGUCACCAUUUCUCUUCGCUCGUUUGUUUUCGCUCAGCCGCGUGCUAAGGUUUCUGUCGGUUUCACCAAUGUAAGUAGCCUGGCAGUCACAGCAUUUGAUAUUGUAUACUGAUCUACUGUCUUUGUCCUUGACAUUAGUAAGUAGUCCACGUAAAGUGGUUAUCAGUUUGUGUGCAAUACGGAUAUUGUAACGUUGGAGUAUACGUGCGAUGGUUUCAGAGGUGCCUCUGAUGUACGGUAUAGUCGCUGUCGUAACAGGGCAAGAGUUGACGUUGGUCUGAGCGUUGGACUACGUUAACCAGGACCAUGAAACUCAACCUUAACUUUUGAAAUGACUCAUGGGUUCAAACCUUUCACAGUUUUAUAAAAAUACUCUUUAAGAAGAUAUUGGAUGCAAAUGAAUUAAUUCAAAUAAACCCAUAAACCAAUCACAAACAAGGAACUGUCUGCGAAGUGAAUGAAGCUUACCCGACUACUUAAGUGACCACUAUCGAAUUGUCCCGUGCAUUGGAAAACAUUAGCGACCUUAAAACGUCGCUGAAAAAGUGAAUUCGCGUUCUUUCAAUCUUCUUGACGAUUACUGCAAGUCACUAACUUUGUCAAAUGUAGGUGAACCCUAAUAAAAGUUGAAUUCCUAAGAACCAUAUCCAAGUUCAAAAAGAGAGAGGAAAUUUCGUCGUCGCUUAAUUGUGUACUUCCGCUGUAAAAAGUGAAAAGAGGCAUUUUCAGGUCGUAGUCGUGCAGUGACGGAAAAGAAAUGUACAAAAAAGCGUGAUGCACGUGCAAAAUUGUUGUUUUGGUUAUUAAGCCUAUUGCUUUUUUUGACGUUCUUGUUGCCGUCGCCGUCGUCGGAUCUUAAGCGCCCUAGUUUACCCCUAAAUGACGGAGAGGCAGACACUCCUGGCUACUAGGAUAUCUCUUCUUUUUGGGCCAGCUGUUUAAGUCUUGGUUAGCUGUAAACAAUGAAUUCAAAUUAACUUCAAACUUGGUGUUGAUAUAAAUAACUAAUGAUCUGACAUUUUUCAUUAAUGACACGAACAUCUGAUCCAGUAUAGAAGGCUACUUCCCUUAAACGUCGAAAACAGUAGAGUUCAAAUUAUUACAAAGAUCUUCCCAAGAUUUCACUGCAUACUUUCAACGAAUUCGUUUGAAUCAGCCCCGUAUUAUGGAACAUCUGCAUUCCAGCGAGCUCCUGAAAAGAGCACAGUAUCUAGUCUGGAUUGAAGCAAUUUUCCUUGCUAUCGUCAAUACAAUGUCCAUCUCAGGAAACAUUUCUGUUUGCUACGCCGUGUAUAGAAACCAGAGACUUCGUUCGGUUUCCAAUAUGUUUAUUGUAGCGCUAGCUGUCAGUGAUUUACUAAUAUCUUUCAGCUGUAUGCCUCUGUCAGUUGCUACUCUCGUUCAAAGCCGAUGGGUAUUCGGGGCUACUGUUUGUCAACUGCAGGGUUUUGCAGCUUUUACGUUUGCAAUGUCUUCUCUAAAUACUAUGGGGAUUAUUGCAAUCAGCCGAUAUUUUUGCGUAGUGAAACCAACCAGGUACAUUGUUUUAUUCAGAAAACAAAGAAUUGUGUUGUACACUGCGGCAGUAUGGUGUAUGGCUCUCAUUGGUUCAGUGCCUCCGCUAAUUUUUCAGACAGGCGGAUACACUUUCCAUCCAGGAAAAGCAAUGUGCCUGUACCCAUUCCAAACUAACAUUGCUUAUACCGUCCCCAUCGAAUGUGUGUUUAUCGCUACGCCCUUUACACUCAUCACUUUCUGCUACGCCAAAGUGUUCUACACAGUGUCAAGAUCAAAUCGUGUUUUCACGCAAGAAAAUAACCCUGAACAGCUCAGAGCAAACGUCGAAGAAGCAAAAGUGACCAAGACAUUAGCUUUGGUCAUGGCCAGUUUCUCCUUAUGUUGGCUUCCUAUCUGUACUAUGGAUUACAUCGACGCAGCGCGCGGAGAGCCCACUUUGCCACGACAGGUAUAUCUUACAUACGGGUUUCUGGUCUACCUAAGUAGUACAAUCAACCCCUUUAUAUAUGGCGCUACCAACAGGCGCUUCAGACGAGAGUACAAAACCAUUUUGAAAAAGAUAAGUUUGAUCUUUUCUUGUGGUCGUUGCAGUUGUAGACAGAACCGAACGUCCGAUAAUCCACCAAAUUUAGCGGUGAACGAGCUUUAA